CAGUAGCUCGCACAGGCGGAAGUCAUUGUGACACGAGGCAUCUAGAAUGUUCUCCGACAGGACGAAAUAUUCUGCAGCUGGAAGUUCUGCAUUCAAUGUCAGUCUCGAGCUUCAUUCUAUCAAUCGAGGUCGCCUUUGUGAACGUCUGAGGAAACGCCAUGACGUUCCUGAGGGAGCCUUUGUUAUGUUGGAAGGCGGCAAAGAGGAAUCUCGCUACUCAUCAGACACAGAGGAUCUCUUUCGUCAGGAAUCAUAUAUGCAUUGGGCCUUUGGUGUUCAAGAGCCAGAUUGUUACGGAGCAAUCGAAGUAGAUUCUGGUCGUGCCAUUAUUUUCAUGCCAGAACGUGAUGAAAACUAUAUCAUCUGGAUGGGAAAGCCAUAUCCUCCGGAACACUUUGAGAGGAGGUAUGAUGUGCAAGAGGUUCAUUUCUUCAAAGAAGAUGAAGCAAAGAUUGUUGAAGUACUCAAGAGCAAGGAUCCUAGUGUGCUUCUGCGACUGAAAGGAAAAAACACUGACAGUGGGAAAUUUACAAAACCAGUAGAAUUCAAUGGCAUCAAACAGUUUGACCUCAAUGACAAUAUACUGCAUCACGAAAUGACCGAGCUUCGUGUCAUCAAGACUGACAAAGAAGUGGAUGUCAUUCGACAUGCUUGUUGUGUCGCCGGCGAAGCUCACAAAAAGAUGAUGCAACAAGCACGUCCAAGAAUGUACGAGUUGCAGUUGGAAGGGAUUUUUCGAGGUUACGUCGCAUCACGAGGCCAUAGACACCUUGCAUACACUCCCAUUGCUGGAAGUGGUCCCAACAGUGCUAUUCUUCACUAUGGUCAUGCCGGAUCUCCUAACAACAGGAAGAUGGAAGACGGCGAUCUUGUCCUGUGCGACAUUGGCAGUGAAUACUACUGCUAUGCUUCCGACAUCACGUGCACGUUUCCGGUCAACGGCAAGUUUACCGACGAACAGAAGGUUAUCUUCAACGCCGUGUCGGCUGCAAACUUGGCGGUACGGCAACGAGCCAUAGUCGGUAACAAAUGGGUCGAGAAUCAUCAAGUUGCCGAACGCACGAUCCUCACUCAUCUUCGGGAUUACGGUAUGUUGAAGGGUGAAGUGGACGAUAUGAUGCAAGUGUAUCUCGGUGGAGUGUUCAUGCCGCACGGCGUCGGCCACUUCUUGGGGAUCGACGUGCAUGAUGUCGGAGGAUAUCCGGAAGGUGCAUCUCGAAGUGACAAACCUGGUCUUCGUUGUCUUCGUUGUGUCCGAACUCUUGAAGAGAACAUGGUCGUGACGAUCGAACCCGGAUGCUAUUUCAUUGACAAACUAAUGGAUGAUGCACUGGCUAAUCCAGAGCAAAGGAAGUUCAUUAACGUUGAGGUCUUUGAGAAGUUUAGAGGAUUCGGUGGGAUUCGUUUGGAGGACGUGGUUGCCGUGGGACGAGAUUGUGCUGAGCUGUUUGCUCUUCUGCCACGCACUCCUAAAGAUGUGGAAGAACUAAUGGCGUCUGACAAACCUGAGCAGUGAAUUUGGCUAGCAGUGCCAGUUGCUCUCGAAUUGCUUUGUUUGCUAUAACAGUUUUUGGUGACAUUUUGAUUACUACAGUGUAGCUGUGCUUUGCAGUAUUUUCUUUAGCAACGAUGUGCUUGAUGUCUACUGGCUAAUCAAUCAAACAUAUACAGUA